AAGUAAUCAAAUAAUGUAAGCACUUUGGUUAAAAUAUUUUUAGAAAGUAGGAGGGUACAAUCCACAGUAUAAUGACAUAAAGUGAUAUUAUUUAUAAUUUCUUUUAGUGUAAACAGAAAUAGGAAAUUGUUAGUGCGCAAGAUUUUAACAGGGAAAAUGUGUAAAUAUAUAUAUAAUUAUGUUGCAUAAUUUGAAUGAGAUACAAUUUUGGAAAUUUUCUUUUUCGUUUUAAAAUAUUUCAUUGAUACAGUAAAAUUUCGUCGAAAAACGAUGAAAUGUGUUCCUUAUAGUUUUCGAGUGACCUUGCAUAUUAUCGCUAUUUCACGAAAAAAAUAUGAGCUAAAUGCAAUCAAUUUCGAAUCCAACUAUAAAAAUAUAGUUUUAGCCUUGAUAGAAAGAGGUGGUAUUACACGUGGCUAUCAGCUGAUGCGUGCGCGUUCGUCGAGUUUCUAGGGUCAGUAAUGUGAUGAAUUUCAUCAGACGAAGUUCAGUUUUUUUACUGGCAUGCUUAAAAACCAACAAUGAUCUAAAAAUCCGAUCGGCACCACGACAUACACUACUUAAGCAUGCUACCCUUAAUUUCUCCUAUGAAGACAUAACACAUGGAAAAAAUGGCAGAUGAAACAAAAAAAUUGUCACGUUGGUAUUUUGGGGGCCUUUCGUCUGCAGGUGCUGCUUGUGUUACCCAUCCUCUGGAUUUGUUAAAGGUUCAUUUACAAACUCAGCAAGAAGGGAAAAUAUCUGUACUACGAUUAACAACAUCUAUAAUACAAAAACAAGGAAUUACAGCUUUAUACAAUGGACUUAGUGCUUCUUUACUUCGUCAGUUGACAUACUCUACAAUGCGAUUUGGUGCAUACGAAGUAGGUAAACAAACAUUUGAAAAACCUGGACAUUCAUUACUAUUUACUCAAAAGUUACUACUGGCUGGACUCUCAGGAGCAGCUGGUGGUGUUAUUGGUACACCAGGAGAUGUGAUUAAUGUACGCAUGCAAAAUGAUAUAAAACUUCCAGCAGAACUAAGACGAAAUUACAAGCAUGCUCUAGAUGGAAUAGUAUGCAUAAUUCAACAAGAAGGUGUAACUAAAUUGUUUAGUGGAUGUUCUACUGCAACAUUAAGAGCUGCAUUAAUGACUAUUGGACAAUUGAGUUUUUAUGACCAAAUUAAAAUUAUGUUGCUACAAAGUGGUCACUUUAAAGAUAAUCCUGCUACUCAUGUAUUAUCAAGCGUAUGCGCAGGCGCUAUAGCUACAACUCUAACACAACCAUUAGAUGUUUUGAAAACACGUGCAAUGAAUGCUAAACCUGGAGAAUUCAAGGGUCUAAUGGAUUUAUUUGUUUACACUGCUAAGCUUGGUCCAUUGGCAUUUUUUAAAGGUUAUGUACCUGCAUUUAUUAGACUAGCCCCACACACCAUCCUAACAUUUGUAUUUUUGGAACAACUGAGAUCUAAUUUUGGAGUGUAUCCUUCUAAAAGCUCAUAGUAAACCUCAACCAAUUUCCUAGGACAUAAAUUAAAACACGCACGCGUGCCCACGCACAUACACAUAUUGGGCUACCAAGGUAUUUGAAUGCUUUCAACUAAAAACUAUAAUGAACAAAGUGAAGAUUUUAAACUAUUGUUAUGGCUAUAUAAUUACUUCGUAUUAUAGACACAAUUAGCAAGAUAAUAUUAGCAGAAUUCGAAGUUCUGGUAACUCAUGUGUAGGAAUUAUGAAGUAUUCAUUUUAAGUAUUUAUACGUUCGAAGAAAAAAUGAGCAGAUAGCGUGGACAGUUAUGUUAAACAUUAGUAAAAAUUUAAGAUUAAAUCAAGUUAAAACUUAAUACUAAUGGCAGUUCGUCGAAAUAUUAAACAGUCUAAUACAUUAAUAACAUUUAUUUGAAUAUUUCUACAAUAUUUGCUAAUAUAAUCUUGAUAAUUGUGUCUAAUUAUAGGCAUAGUACAUAUUUUUUAAGUGCCAGUAAAUCUGCACAUUUUGUUUGUUACAUUGUUUCACCAUCCACUGUUUAUAGUGUUGCAUAUUAGUAUUUUCAAAAAGUGUACCAGAUACACUGGCACAAAUGUUGAAUAGUACUAUAUAUUUAUUUAAACUAUUGUGAAAAUAUUGUAUCUAUACUGUUUACAAUUUAUCAUUCUUUAAGGAGUGGUGUACAAACGUAUAUUUUUAAACGUAUUUAACAAAAGAGAAAGAUAUAUUUGUUAUUAUUAAAAUAAGGUAUUUUUCAUGGUAAAUCAGGCAAUUAUUCAAUCUUUGGUUAGAACAUGUUGCGUAACACGGAUACAAGCGCUUUCAAUAAACGUUUAACGAGGUCAUGAUCAAAUACAUAAAAAGUUAAUGAUAAUACUAUCAUGCUUAGAAAAAGAACAUUGGUAUAUAAGUAAGGUAGUUUACUUCACUUAUAUACUAAUGUAUUUUCUCUAAAUAUAAUAUAGUCUUAUCAUUAAUUUGUUAUACAAUUUUUUUGUAUAUUUAUUUGUGUAUUCAAUGAUGAUCUGCUUAAUAAUUGAAAACAUGUAUAUCCAUAUUGUGCAACAGGUUCCAAUUACCAUUUAAAAUAUCUUACUCUAUUCUUAUUACCUUCAUAAGUAGAUAGUGAUCAAAUUGAUAACAGUAUGAGAACUAUCAAGAUAAUAUUUAUAGUUACUGUCUGUUUUUCUGUUAAGCACAAAGUAUUUUUUAAGCAAGAUAAUACAUUCCAUGAAAAUAUUCCUAUACUUGUGUUUUGACACGUAUACAACAUUAUACAUUCAUGUUUUAUUGAAUGAUAUUAAAACAAAUAUUGUUUAUAUAACAAUAUACUCUUUUUACAAUUACUAAUGAAAGAACUUUGAUGAUAAUAUAUGGAAAAAAAUAUUUUAUGCUGACUCUAUAUAUUGUAAAUUAAAUUAUUUUGUAAUAAACAUUAUACAUGAUUUGCCAAAAUAAAUUUAAAUUGCAAUUACAAUAC